GCAGGCACGUGCGAGCAGCCGGCGAGUGUCAUGGCGGCCGCCCGUCUCCUUAGGGCUUCCCGGAUAUGGGCCCGCUGGCAUCCUCGGGCGCUCCCGGUCCCCGGGGGACCUGGAGAAUUCUUUAUCCGGGAAUAUGCCAAGAAGCCAGUUGGCAAGAGUGGCAAAGGUGGCAUGGCCGCUGAGUCCCUGAAGGACCCCGAGGUGUGCACAGACCCCACUCAGCUCACCACGCACGCCAUGGGGGUCAACAUCUACAAGGAAGGCCAGGAUGUGGCCCUGAAGCCUGACUCCGAGUACCCCAUAUGGCUUUUCCAGGUGAACUUGGGUCCCCCCAAAAAGCUAGAGGAGCUAGAGCCGGAGUCCCGAGAGUAUUGGCGGCUGCUUCGCAAACAGAAUAUCUGGCGUCACAACCGGCUGAGCAAGAACAAGAAGCCGUAGUGUGAGGAUGGGCGCCUCACAGGACUGCCUGGGCCUGUGGCCAGCCAGACGGGAGAGACCUGAGUCCUGUAUAGUGUCCUCCGACCUUCACGUGCUCGCCGUGGCGUGCAGGCCACGCAUGGACUAAAUAAACAAUAGGAAAGUGAAGGAGUAAAUAAAGGGACACGGCUAUUACA